CCAAUCCUUUUGUAGUUGAGCCUCAAAACCUCCUCUGCUGCAGAGGGAAAAAAGGCUUAGUCCACAACAUUUUCCAAACAUAAACAAGUUAGUUCCCAAAUGGAUUCUACAUCAGUUCACAAGGACAUUGAUGAACCUUUGCUGGUCUCAAACGAACCUUCACCAGAGCCACCUUCUUGUACUCAAUCAUUCAGCUCAAAGCAUGGAUCAGAUGGUGAACUUGAGCGAAUACUCUCAAACACUAGCGUCCCUUUCGCGAAGCGUCUUGGACCGGCAACAUGGGUGGAGUUGAAGCUCUUGUUUCACCUUGCUGCUCCUGCUGUUAUCGUCUACCUUAUCAACUAUGUCAUGUCCAUGUCCACACAAAUCUUUUCAGGCCACCUCGGUAACCUUGAACUUGCUGCUGCUUCUCUUGGAAACACCGGCAUCCAAGUCUUCGCUUAUGGCCUCAUGUUAGGAAUGGGAAGUGCUGUUGAGACACUAUGUGGACAAGCAUACGGUGCCAAAAAAUUCGACAUGUUAGGCAUAUACCUGCAAAGAUCAACGGUGCUUCUGACGCUAGCAGGCAUUAUUCUAACCAUCAUAUACAUCUUCUCCGAACCCAUUCUAAUCUUCCUAGGAGAAUCCCCAAGAAUCGCAUCCGCAGCAGCACUUUUCGUCUACGGCCUAAUCCCUCAAAUCUUCGCUUACGCUGUAAACUUCCCCAUUCAAAAAUUCCUCCAAGCCCAGAGCAUUGUGGCUCCAAGCGCAUACAUUUCAACAGCAACGUUGUUGGUCCAUCUUGUGUUGAGUUAUUUUGUUGUGUACGAGGUGGGGCUUGGUCUGUUGGGUGCGUCGCUGGUGUUGAGUGUUUCGUGGUGGAUCAUUGUGAUUGCACAGUUUGUGUACAUUGUCAAGAGUGAAAAGUGUAAGCACACUUGGAGAGGGUUCAGUUUUCAAGCGUUUUCGGGCUUGCCAGAGUUUUUUAAGCUGUCUGCUGCUUCGGCGGUGAUGCUCUGCCUAGAGACCUGGUACUUCCAAAUUUUGGUUCUGCUUGCAGGGUUGCUUCCUCACCCUGAGUUGGCUCUGGAUUCUCUAUCUAUUUGUACCACAGUGUCUGGAUGGGUUUUUAUGAUCUCAGUUGGAUUUAACGCAGCUGCAAGUGUGAGAGUGAGCAAUGAACUAGGGGCAAGAAAUCCAAAAUCAGCGUCAUUUUCGGUUGUGGUGGUGACAUUGAUUUCUUUCAUAAUAUCAGUUAUUGUAGCACUUGUGGUGCUGGCAAUAAGAGAUGUCAUUAGCUAUGCCUUCACAGACGGUGAAGAGGUGGCUGCUGCUGUCUCAGAUCUUUGUCCUCUACUUGCUCUUUCUAUUAUUCUCAACGGCAUUCAACCUGUCUUAUCUGGGGUGGCUGUUGGAUGUGGAUGGCAAACUUUUGUUGCGUAUGUGAACGUUGGUUGUUAUUAUGGAAUUGGCAUACCAUUGGGUUCGGUUCUCGGUUUCUAUUUCAAACUCAGUGCUAAGGGAAUAUGGUUGGGAAUGCUAGGUGGCACGGUUUUGCAAACAAUUAUUUUAGUGUGGGUCACAUUUGGAACGGAUUGGAAUAAAGAGGUUGAAGAAGCAGCAAAGAGGUUGAACAAGUGGGAGGACAAAACGGAGCCACUUGUCAAUAACUGAGGCUCUUUGUUUCUCAAUGUAGCUUAGCCCACAAUUAUACAAUAACACAAAUCGGGCUUUAGAUCUCAUAGCUUUUUGUUGUAAAUAAAUUGUAACAUGAGGCCAAAUUCAUAAUUUCACUACCAAAGUGUGUUGGUCUAACCUGAAUAGUUUGUGUAGUGUUAGUCACGUUGUGUUUACAUGUUGGAGAACAAACAUGUUAUAAAAACGAUCUAUUUAACAAUAAAUUUCGUAUUCAUCA